AUGGACCCAGCUCAAGUACUGAAUCAAGCACCCAAACGACGACGAUUGCAAUAUGAAAGCGGGGAACAGGUUCAAGAUGAUGGUGACCAACCUUUACUCUCACGAUAUCAGGCAGCUUUUGAUGCUCAACCGGCAUCGUUGGCAGAGCCUCAAUCCUGUCCUUAUCCAGUAUCCUAUGGCAUUUUGACUACCAGCAUACCGCACCUAGAUGCCCGAGUUGCUGGAGACGUCACCUCAACGAUCAUACCGGACCAUAACAGCCAUUGGAAUACCCUAAGCUUUCAGUCACAGAGCGCACCGGGCAGUGAAACCCAGGGCAAUUGUUACCAACCUAAUGUAGCCAGUCCGUGGCACUCACCUGGAGCUUUCGCCUGCCAUUCACCAAACCCAUGGGGGUGGAACUUCCAUGCGCCACCUGGGGCCUCAGAAUUGCCAAUUCCUCAACAACCGACCCAAUACCACGUCCCGAUAUUGCCUGCAUACAACAAGCUACGCCAGCAAGCUAUCAUCAGUAUUGACGCAGCUCUGAAAAAAGACCUCGAACCCUCUGGCCCGGGCACAUACGUCAACAUCUUGCAGCAAAUUGAGUCAUUGCGACUUGUCUGUAACUUGGGACUGCACUACCAUAUGAGACAUGGCAAAGCACCGCAAGCUUCACGAGAAGUUGACAACUGGGCGAGCAUCGCCCAAGGGGCUUUCAAUGUGCAGCGGGAGAUGGGGCCAUUAAUUUGCUCGCAAUGUUCGUCAACGCUGGAGAUCGCUGAGACACUUCUGGAGGACCCAACUGCCACACAACAGAGCCCUCAGUUCUUCAGCUGCCUGACAUUUGUUUGCGCUGAUUGUACGCAAAAGAUUGUCCAAAACGGUCACACCGUAGCGUGCGGUCACAACCCCCGUUGCCCCACGGCACUCGUCUCUACACACGGCAGCGCUCUUGAAUCGAGUUUAGAUGAGAUGGAGCCGCAAGUGGAAACAGAAACCCUCAGUCUGCCGUCUAAGGUAGAGGCUCUUAUCGCAGAUAUUCCCGCCAAACCAGAAAUGGUAUUUGCUCAUUUUCACAUCAUAUUUUCAACCUGGAGAAUAACGCUCGACAUUGUCGAAGCUGGUCUAGAACGGGUUUCACUUCGAAGCGUUCGGUUUGAUGGUAAAGUGCCCCAGAAAGAACGACAGAAUAUCAUAGAUAGUUUUAAGACUGACCCAUCUAUUCGCGUGAUGCUCUUGACACUCUCUUGCGGUGCAACUGGCUUUCAUUCUCACCUUGACGGUAGCAACAAGAGCCUACCUUAUGGAGCCACAUUGAACCCGAAUGUUGAAGAGCAGGCCCUUGCGCGAAUCCACCUCAUCGGUCAGACGCAAGAAGUAACUACUGUGCGAUUCUACGUGCGUGACUCAUUUGAAGAGCAAGUCAUGAAGGUUCAAGAGUCGAAGACAUAUCUGGCCGGCUUGUUACUCUCGCCACACGACGAGGGACAGGCGGAUGAAAACCCAGGAAGGUUGCAGCAAUUGUUAUCUCUGAUCUCGUGAAUUGAUGGAGCGAGGGACCCUAAACUCUUCAGGCUACGAACUAACACGCACACGCACACGCACACACCUUCUGUUAGCAUGGUGAAUUUUAAUUGUAUCUCCUGGGUCGAGC